UUUGGAGAAUUUCUUUUAACUCAGUUACAAACCUCGGUGAAGGAGACAAGUUCCCACACCCGGCUCGGCUGACGGAGUCCGCGCGCCGAGCGAGGCGAGGCGAGGGCUCGCCCACCUUUUCUGCGGCUGCAGUGUGUGGCGAUUUUAUCUCUCUUUCAAUCGUGGAGGAAAAGGGACUUACUUGGCUGAGGAAAAUGCUAAUUAUCUGGAUGUGACCGUGACAAGAUUACGUGUGACUGGAGGAAGCAGAAGAUGAGGAAAAUCAUUAUUCGAAAAGGAGAAUAAACGACCCCAGCUUUCUCUGAAAAUUGGUGCUAUUACUUCUGGGGUCAAUUUCCUUUUAUUUUUCUUCCCCUCAAAUUAAGAAACCCUGACUUGAGGGCAGAGAGACAUCCCCCUACCACUGGGGACCUUUCGGGCUUUGAAGACCCUUUGGAUGUAGCGUUGGUGGAACAUUUAGGCGCUCUCCUCUGGACAGAUCACCAUGAAUUCUGUAGCUGGGAAUAAAGAGAGGCUUGCAAUCUCCACCAGGGGCAAGAAAUACGGGGUGAAUGAAGUCGGCUCGCCCACCAAGCCCGCGGCGCCCUUCUCCCCCGAGAGCUGGUACAGGAAAGCGUACGAGGAGUCGCGCACCGGCAGCCGGCCCACCCCCGAGGGCGCGGGCUCGGCGCUCGGCUCGUCGGGGACCCCGUCCCCCGGCUCCGGCACCUCUUCUCCGAGCUCCUUCACGGGCUCCCCGGGCCCCGCCUCCCCAGGCAUCGGCACCAGCUCGCCGGGAUCCCUGGGCGGCUCUCCAGGCUUCGGCACCGGCUCUCCGGGCUCCGGCAGCGGCGGCGGCUCCUCCCCCGGCUCGGACCGCGGCGUCUGGUGUGAGAACUGCAACGCCCGCCUGGUGGAGCUGAAGAGGCAGGCUCUGAAGCUGCUCCUCCCGGGGCCCUUCCCGGGCAAGGACCCUGCUUUCUCGGCUGUGAUUCAUGACAAACUCCAGGUCCCCAACACCAUCCGAAAGGCAUGGAAUGACCGGGACAACCGCUGUGACAUUUGUGCUACGCACCUGAACCAGCUGAAGCAGGAGGCCAUCCAGAUGGUCCUGACCUUGGAGCAGGCAGCGGGCGGCGAGCACUACGAUGCCUCCCCUGGCUCACCCCCACCCCUCUCCAACAUCCCCACUGUGGUGGGGGCCCGGCACGUGGGUGGUCUCCAGCAGCCCAGGGAUUGGGCCUUUGUGCCUGCCUCCUGCGCAACCUCCAGCUACACAGGAUUCGUCACCAACAAGCAUAGCAGCAAACCCAACAGCCUUGGGGUCAGCAAUGGGGCAGAGAAGAAGAGUGGGUCCCCAACCCACCAGGGGAAGGUCAGCCUCCAGAUGGCCACCAGUCCCAGCAACGGGAACAUCCUCAACUCAGUGGCUAUCCAGGCUCACCAGUACCUGGAUGGCACCUGGUCCCUGUCAAGAACCAAUGGGGUCACUCUGUACCCCUACCAGAUUUCCCAGCUGAUGACAGAGACUGGCCGAGAGGGACUCACAGAAGCAGCCCUGAACCGCUACAAUGCAGACAAGCCUACGGCCUGCAGCGUCCCGGCCUCACAGGGCUCCUGUGUGGCCAGCGAGCCUUCCACAGGCACCUCGGUGGCUGCUUCCUUCUUCGCGAGAGCUGCUCAGAAGUUAAACCUGUCUUCUAAAAAGAAGAAACAUCGGCCUUCUACUUCCUCUGUGGCUGAGCUGCCUCUCUUUGCCACCAGCUUCAGUGGGAUUCUGCAGCUCUCCCCUCCCCCUGCCCCACCCUGUCUGCUGAGAGCCGUCAACAAGGUGAAGGACACCCCAGGCCUGGGCAAGGUGAAAGUCAUGGUUCGCAUCUGUUCCACAUUGGCUCGUGACACCUCAGAAUCCAGCUCCUUCUUAAAGGUGGACCCACGGAAGAAGCAAAUCACGUUGUAUGACCCCCUGACUUGUGGGGGUCAAAACACCUUUCAAAAGAGAGCCAACCAGGUCCCUCCUAAGAUGUUUGCUUUCGAUGCAGUUUUUCCACAAGAUGCUUCUCAGGCUGAAGUGUGUGCUGGAACCGUGGCAGAGGUGAUCCAGUCUGUGGUCAACGGGGCAGAUGGCUGCGUGUUCUGUUUCGGCCAUGCCAAGCUGGGAAAGUCCUACACCAUGAUUGGAAAGGACGACUCCAUGCAGAACCUUGGUAUCAUUCCCUGUGCUAUCUCUUGGCUCUUUAAGCUGAUAAAUGAACGGAAAGAAAAGACCGGAGCCCGUUUCUCCGUCCGCAUCUCAGCCGUGGAAGUGUCGGGGAAAGAGGAGAACCUCCGAGACCUGCUGUCUGAGGUGGCCACGGGCAGUCUGCAGGACGGCCAGUCCCCGGGGGUGUACCUCUGCGAGGACCCCAUCUGUGGCAUGCAGCUGCAGAACCAGAGUGAGCUGCGGGCCCCCACUGCAGAGAAGGCUGCCUUUUUCCUGGACGCUGCAAUUGCCUCCCGCCGGAGCAACCAGCAGGACUGCGAUGAGGAGGACCACCGGAACUCCCACAUGCUCUUCACCCUGCACAUCUACCAGUACCGGAUGGAGAAAAGCGGGAAAGGGGGAAUGUCUGGAGGCCGCAGCCGCCUGCAUCUCAUUGACCUUGGCAGCUGUGUGAAAGCUCUUAGCAAGAAUCGGGAAGGGGGCUCAGGUCUGUGCCUCUCACUGUCCGCUCUGGGCAACGUCAUCCUGGCGCUCGUCAAUGGCAGCAAACACAUCCCAUACAAGGACAGCAAGCUGACCAUGUUGCUGCGGGAAUCCCUGGGGAACAUGAACUGCCGCACGACCAUGAUCGCUCACAUCUCGUCGGCGGCGGGGAACUACGCAGAAACCCUGUCCACCAUCCAGAUCGCAUCGAGAGUCUUGAGGAUGAAGAAGAAGAAGACGAAGUACACAUCAAGCUCCUCUGGGGGAGAGAGCUCCUGUGAAGAAGGCAGAAUGCGCCGGCCCACCCAGCUGAGACCGUUCCACACCAGGAAUGCGGUGGACCCUGACUUCCCAAUCUCUCAUUUGUCCAGUGACCCCGACUACUCCUCCAGCAGCGAGCAGUCCUGCGACACAGUCAUCUAUAUUGGGCCUAAUGGCACAGCCCUCUCCGACAAGGAGCUUACUGACAACGAGGGGCCCCCCGACUUUGUCCCCAUUGUGCCGGCCCUGCAGAAGACCAGGAGCGACAGCCGGCCCACGGAGGCAGGAGAGGCCACUGCCAGCCAGUCAGAAAGGGAUUGCCUGAAGUGCAACACAUUUGCCGAGCUGCAAGAGAGGCUAGAUUGCAUCGAUGGCAGUGAAGAGCCCAGUAAGUUUCCUUUUGAAGAGCUGCCUGUCCGGUUUGGGGCAGAACAAGCAAGCAAAUGCCCCUCGCUAAGCCAGGCAGCUGGGGCCAACUUACUCUCCGAGUCUGAUCAGGAAGACAAUGGGUCAGAUGACCAGCUGACUGAGAGAGAAGGCGCUGAGCUCCCAGCCUCCAGGAUACAGCAGAAUCACUCUCCCGUCCCGGCCGCGGCACUCACCAGCAGCCCCAACCCUGCUUCUCCCAGGAGCAUCCCGGGCAGCAGCAGUAGCCAGCACUGCUCCUCCCAGUUGGUGCACAGCCCCAGCCUCCAGAGCAGCCGUGAAAGCCUGAACUCCUGUGGCUUCGUGGAAGGCAAGCCCAGGCCAAUGGGCUCCCCCCGGCUGGGCAUCGCCAGCCUGUCCAAGACCGCGGAGUACAAGCCUCCCAGCUCUCCUUCCCAGAGAUGCAAAGUCUACACCCAGAAGGGGGUCCUGCCCUCUCCUGCUCCCCUGCCUUCCCUGAGCAAGGAUUCCGGCAUGGUGUCAAGUGAGUCCUUGCUGCAGCCUGAGGUCCGAACCCCCCCAGUUGGAAUGAGCCCCCAGAUUUUGAAGAAAUCCAUGUCUGCUGGGAGUGAACGAUUCCCUGAAGCCUCUUUUGACGACGACCAUCCGGCAGCAAGUUCUCCUGAGUCGAAGAAGGAGAUCCUGAGCACCACAACUGUGACGGUUCAGCAGCCCCUGGAGCUAAACGGUGAGGACGAGCUGGUGUUUACGCUGGUAGAGGAGCUGACCAUCAGUGGGGUCCUGGACAGUGGCCGCCCCACCAGCAUCAUCAGCUUCAACAGUGACUGCUCCGUGCAGGCCUUGGCAUCUGGCUCCCGGCCCGUCAGCAUCAUCAGCAGCAUCAGUGAGGACCUGGAGUGCUACUCAAACAUGGCUUCUGUCUCGGAGGUCAGCAUCACACAGUUCCUGCCCCUCCCAAAGCUGGCGCUGGACGAGAAGGCCCGGGACUCUGGGAGCCGGCGCUCCUCCAUCAGCUCCUGGCUGAGCGAGAUGAGCACAGGCAGUGAUGGUGAGCAGUCAUGCCACAGCUUUAUAGCCCAGACGUGCUUCGGGCAUGGGGAAGCCAUGGCUGAGCCACCAGCCUCGGAGUUUGUCAGCAGCAUCCAGAACGCUGCCAUGGUAUGCAGAGAGAAGCCCAAGGUGGGCCCUGACAAUGUGCUCAUCUUGUCUGAAAUGGGGGAAGAGGCUUUUAACAAAGCCACUCCCAUCAAAGCCUGUAAGAUAUCGACCCUGGGCAAAGCCAUGGUCACAAUCUCCAAUACGGCCAAUCUGGGUCGCUGUGAAGGGUACAUCCCCAUGAAGACCAACAUCACCGUCUACCCCUGCAUUGCCAUGGGCCCCCUGAACGUCCAGGAGACUGAGAUGUCCACUGCCUCUGUCACUGCAGCCCCCAAAGCAGCCCAGCCCCAGGAGAACCAGGACACCAGUGCAAAGAAAGAGAUGAAAUUUGAAGACCCCUGGCUAAAGCGAGAAGAGGAGGUGAAAAAAGAGACUGCUUAUCCUAAUGAAGGGAUUAGGUAUGAGACUGGGUCUGGCCCCACAAAGCCGGAGGCUGGGCCUGAGCAGGAGCAGGAGAGGAAGUCCAGUGCUGGUGACAGACUCAGCAGCAGCAGUGGGGAGGUGUCUGCCUCCCCCAUGGGUGACAACUGCCGGAGGAUUGUGGAUGGCUGUGAGAUGGCCGUGCCCAACUUGGCCACCCAGAGCCCUGUGCCUUCCAACAAGAGCCUGAAAUCCAGCAGCCUCCCUAGGGCUUUUCAGAAGGCCAACAGACAGGAGGAGCUGGACAGCCUCUUCUACCACUGUGCCGCUGAGACCAACGGCAUUGGCAUUACCUUGGGUGCCCAGCCCUCAAAGGCGACCCUGGAGAGGAAGGUGGCUUCACCCAAGCAUUGCGUCCUGGCUCGGCCCAAAGGGACCCCCCCUUUGCCCCCUGUCCGAAAGUCCAGCUUGGACCAGAAGAACCGGGCCAGCCCUCAGCACAGCGCCUGCAGCAGCAGUACCAGUAGCCCCUUGAACCAACCAGCGACUUUCCUGGCCAGCUUCCCAGAUGAGUCCAGCAGCAAAAUGAAGGAUGCUAGUAGCAGCAGCAAACUCUUCAGUGCCAAACUGGAGCAGCUGGCCAGCCGGACCAACUCUCUGGGCAGGACGACAGUCAGCCACUACGAAUGCCUCUCGCUGGAAAGGGCUGAGAGCCUGUCCUCCAUGAGCUCCCGGAUACACGCGGGCAAGGACAGCACCAUGCCACGCACGGGACGGAGCCCGGGCCGCAGCGCAGGGGCCUCACCAACCAACUUGGGGACCACCCAGUCUGCCGGAGCCUCGCCCAAGGCCAGCCAGUCCAAGAUCUCCGCUGUGAGCAAGCUCCUCCUGGCCAGCCCCAAGGCACGGAGCCUGUCCACCUCCACCACCAAAACCCUUAGCUUCUCCACCAAAUCCCUGCCACAGUCCGUGGGCCAGAGUUCCAACCUGCCCCCUAGCGGGAAGCACAUGUCCUGGUCUACCCAAUCCCUCAGCAGGAACCGGGGCUCCGGCUCAGGACUGGCAUCUAAGCUGCCCCUGCGAGCAGUCAACGGCCGCAUCUCCGAGCUGCUGCAGGGCAGCGCGGGCCCCCGAGCGCUGCAGCCGCGCCCUGGCCCGGAGGCGGAGGAGCGCGGCGGCCACGGGGAGGAGAAGGCCGUGGCGUCCGUGCACGUGCUGCCCUCGCCCUACAGCAAAAUCACCCCUCCGCGCAAGCCGCACCGCUGCAGCAGUGGGCACGGCAGCGACAACAGCAGCGUGCUGAGCGGGGAGCUCCCGCCGGCCAUGGGGAAGACGGCCCUGUUCUACCACAGCGGCGGGAGCAGCGGCUACGAGAGCAUGAUGCGAGACAGCGAGGCCACAGGCAGUGCCUCCUCCACCCAGGACUCCAUGAGCGAGAACAGCAGCUCCCUCAGCGGGAGGUGCCGGAGCCUCAAAACUCCAAAGAAACGGUCCAAUUCAGGUUCUCAGAGACGGAGGCUUAUCCCAGCGUUGUCCCUUGACACCUCCUCGCCUGUAAGAAAGCCCGCGAACAGCACCGGGGUCCGCUGGGUGGACGGCCCCCUGCGCAGCACCCAGAGGGGCCUGGGAGAACCUUUUGAGAUUAAAGUCUAUGAAAUUGAUGACGUGGAGCGGCUGCAGCGGAGACGAGGGGGCAACAGCAAGGAGGUUGUGUGCUUCAACGCAAAACUGAAAAUCCUGGAGCAUCGCCAGCAGAGGAUUGCGGAGGUCCGGGCCAAGUAUGAAUGGCUGAUGAAGGAGCUGGAGAUGACCAAGCAGUAUCUGAUGCUGGACCCCAACAAAUGGCUGAGUGAAUUUGACUUGGAGCAGGUUUUGGAGCUGGAUUCCCUGGAGUACCUGGAAGCGCUGGAGUGUGUGACGGAGCGCCUGGAGAACCGUGUCAACUUCUGCAAGGCCCACCUCAUGAUGGUCACCUGCUUUGACAUCACCUCCAGGCGCCGAUAAGGAGAGUUGGACCCCUGCCUGGCCAGCCCCCCUCACACCCCAGGACCUCAAAGAGAUAGUCAUCACACUCACCCAGGCCCUCUGGGUUGGAAGCUCUCAAAGACACUAGAAUGAGGAUGAAGGUUGGUGGCAAGUCUGGAGUGAGCGUUGAGUGGAAGGCGAUUUUUCUUUUGUUUUCUGUAGGAAAGGUGCAAACACCAAACACACAUGGAAGGAGAAAAUGAUGGGAAGCCCAAGGGACGUCAAAGCCCCAUGAGACUGAAAAAGCACUUUGAGGAACUUUAAAGAACUUCUUGUACAUAAGAACUGUUAGCAAAAGACACCUCAACUUUCUCUUGUUUUAUGAGAAAGCGGGAGGGUGGGCGUAGGAUUGCCAAUGGAAGCUAAAACAAAACAACAAAAAAUUACCCAGAAUGACUGAUCAAGUGCCUUGCAAAUCUGUAUUAUUAUCCAAACAUUUAUGUUGAUACUUUCUUGUGUACAGAUGGUGCUAGUCAAGAUUAAAACAACAGCAACGAAACAAACAAAGAAAAUCAAACACAUUUUUUGCAAUGUAUUUACAGCUCGUUUUCUCUUGGUGUUUUAUCCUAUUUCUGACUUGCUGUUUCCAAGUACCUUGUGUUUGUAGAGAUAUUUCCUAAUCAGUAUUGCAUAUGAAUAAAUGUUAACUGUCUUUUAUGGUUCUUCUGGUAAGGCCACUCAAACAGGACCUGGAGACUUCAUUACAUGAACCAGGGUGUUCCCAAACGGUUUUGAGCAGCAGGCAAUGCACGAUGUCACCUCCACAGACAGCGCGGCCAGGGACAGACUCAGAGCACUGAUGAAGGAGCAAGUGCACUUGAACUCUAGAGAGCAGAAGAGGAGAAAGGGGCUUGCGUUUUUAAGGGAAAUGGUAUCCCUUAUGAUCUGGGCACUACAUGAUCCUCAUGGGUGGGAUGUUCCAUUCCCAGCAUCCCCUUCAAGUCUUGACACAUGUACUGUUUCCUUUCCCCACUAAUCCAGGGCUCCAUGACCUUCAAAACAUUCUUCAUAUCCAUUUUUAUUCCAAAGACUUUUGAUUGAAAGCUUGAACCAAUCCAACAGAGCCAUACUUUUUCAUUUUCUAGUUUUAUGCAUUGGUUAAAGCAGGGAAUUUUCCCCAGCUUAGAGACCGUCUCAGGCUUAAUAUGCUCAGAGACUCUAACAGUAUUGGUUUAGGACAAGAUCGGGUCUUGAGAUUGCAAAUGGAGUACAAUUUUCAGUUCUCACCGUCCAUACCAAGAAGGCACAAGGCUGUUGCCCUCAACCUUGCCCCCGAAAGCAGAGCAAGGUUACAUCUUCAUACGCUCCAUAACCCUGGCAAGGCACGAUGACUUGGAGCAGAGUACAGAGUUUAAUGAAUAUGGACAUACAGUUCUUGUUAGUUUCCAUCCAGUCAUCUCCAACUCAUGGCGACCUUCUGUAUAACAGAAUGAAACGUCAUCUGGUCCUGCACCAUCUCCACAAUCGUUGGUAUGUUUGAGCCCAUUGUUGUGGCUAUUGUGUUAAUGCAUCUCACUGAGGGUUUCCUUUGUUUUUGCUGACCCUCUACCUUCAAACAUGAUGUGGUUCUUAGCUCCCCAAGGCUUAGAACCUUGUUCUCAAGUUUAGAUUAAUCCAUCCCUGCAACAAUUCCCUAAGGGAUUAUUGGGCCCGUAUUAAUGAUAGAAACCCAGGGUACGGAGUGGUCAAGGGACUUGCCUGAUAACAGUUGUGGAGUAGCAGUGGCGCUCAGGGUCCAGGCGCCCCCCUAUCUUCCAGGUCAGGGCCCUCUCCCAGAGCCCCUGCCAGCCUUCCCAUUGAGGAGGCGGCAAGGAGUUUCCACGUAAGUACUGUUCAUUUUCUCCCUCAAAGGCAGCAGAUCUUCACAAGCCUCUUCAGGAGAGGCAGCCCCUGCUAACCAACUCCCCAGCCCCAGCUGCUGCCCAAGGAAGGCACUCUGCCGGUGCACCUCUGAACACACAGAUCCCUGCACAUCUAUCCCAACAACGAGCAAGGCUCAGGUGAACUCGGUAAUUAGAAGCUGACACCUUGUGAGCAUCACAGUACCCGUCCCUUAGUAGUCAGGACUGGGCAAAGAUUGCCCUGCCAGCUCACUGGUUUUGGAGAUCAGUGUGUAGACUGGACACCAGCUCUAAGGAUUACAAGUUCUGAUUGGCACAUCCAGGUUACUCUGGAAUGAACCAUUUCCCCCCUGAAUUGUACCACUCAAGUUUAACAAGUGUGUCAUCCCAGCUCCUCACCCUUAGCCCCGUUCUGCAGGAUAUUCCGAUGAUUCCAGGCUCAGUCUGUGGUCUCCCAGCACUUGUGUGAAUGGGCUUACUUAACGGCAACAUCCAUGAAAGCUUCUGGGCCCUAAAGGAUGCCAGUCUUUUGAGUUUCCAUUUGCUAUUUGGCAUCCUUUCUGGUUGCUAGUUUGAAAUAGGCUGUUUCAUGAAAAGCCUUUAAUUUGGAGGUUUUUCUGGUGUUUUCAAAGGUGAGUGUUCUGAUUUUUGUUGGCAGCUCAUUCAUUUGAUUAGGACUCAUUGUGCUUAAUUUUUGCCCUUGCCACAGGCUUCCCUGGCCCUGGGGCCACUUGGCUGCAUUUACUUCCUUAGCAGGCCAGCUUCAGAGCCCUGGUGCUUCCUGGAGUCAGACCAAGUGAGAAAACCUAUGAGAUUUCAAACCCGAAUCAGUGGGAUCUUUCCUAGGGGAGUGGCCUUCUGCUUGCCCCCUGCGUAAGCCUACUGUUAUACAUUUACAACAACUUUAUGAGAUACCAAAAGGGUUGCAUGAAACCAAGUGUUAUUUUAGCAAGUCAGAUUGCCUGGCCAAGCUGCUAUCACCACAUCAUGGAGCAAAGGCACAGGAUUCAGUGGGCCAUGGUUUAGGAGAGCAACUUUGCAUGCAUGUUGUCCAUUCUGCCUUUUUCUUUUCUUUUGACCCACGUAAGCUACAAACGUAUUAAUUUACCAAAAUACUGAUAAACCAUGGAUUCUGUGCAGCUGUGUGCUUGUUCCUGGCUCUGCCUAUAAGUCGGCCAUAUAGAUGGUCAUCAACGAACAGCAGGCCUGGCCAACCCCGUGAAGAAGUCGCAUUAACUAAGGCUCUGUACAAUGACCGGCAGUGAGAUAGUCCCAGAUCUUCUUUUGGUUUUGGUGACAGCCCACAAAGGCAAAGGGGAUCACAAGGAGCCAAUUUCUAGUGCAUUACUCACAAAUGAAAGGAUCGGGGAAAUAUUUAUUUGCGAUUAACAUUUAGAUAUGGAAGCCCUAAUUCCUUUCUUGAAAUGUACCCCCCAGCCCCCAUACUAAAUAGUUCAGUUUGAGGUGGACGCAUUAACGGUAGAGCAAAACUAAGACCCAAAAAUAAAUAAGAAAGCAAAUGGUGACAUUGUCUCCCCAGGAGUAAAUCCAGAUUGCAUUCCAUGAUGGUGUUUUGUGCAGCGAGGCAGUGGCAGUUUGCUUUAUCCUGGGCAUUCAAUUCCCACCUGAUAUUUGCAGCCUUUGGUCUGCUUGUCCUUGAAUUCCCCUCUGCGACCUGGGGAAGCUGUCUCUAACUUUCAUCUCUUCCUGACUCUGCCGGUUGUUUUAUCUCCAGCUGCUCUUCUGAGCCUGGGGAACUUGAGAUGCAAAUGCAGAGGUCCCUUACUGACCCAGGUGGGACUCAUACAAAGAACCCCACAAAGCGGGGGGUUCCUCAUGUUAGAAGCGGGGAUGAAAGGCCACACAGUCCAGUUUGGGGACUUUUGCGGCAGGAGCGAGGCCGAGUUUGUCAUAAAUUAGCCUUAAGCCUACUGUGUCCCUAUAAGGUGGUAGUGACUCAAUUAUAGUCACACUUACCAUACGUGGCAGUGGUUCACAAACUGUUACACACACACACAAAUCUCUUGCUGCCUGGGUUUCUGGCCAGGUGUGGAGCGGGAAAUGCAAUUGUGCCCACUUGGGGCUGUAGCUAUGUCCUUGUCAGCCAGUGGCUUCUUUGGGCUUCAGAUCUCGUGCUGAUCAUUAAUUUGGUUAAUCCAUAAGCCUUCCUCACAGGGGUUACUAUUUGGGAUAAAAUAGUAUUUUAAAACUAGCUGUUAUUCUUGGGCUAAAAGGCAAAGCUUCAAGAGCCCACUUUGUGUUAAAUGCAAACACCAUUGCCUGUGUCCUUGUGCUCUUGAUUGGUAACCCAGGCGACUAAAACCAGGUUGCCCUGACUGUAUUUAUGCUCCAUAUUCCAAAAAGGAUUUUUGACUAAAAACAAGUGACUAAAGAUGAGUUCAUUUCAAAAUUGAAAAUGGAAGAAUUCCUGAAUUUACUCGUUGCUCUUUCCUGCUGGACCCUUAGCCCACCCUUUGAACAUAUAGGCAAGGACUUCCUAACGUGUAAAGGCAAUGUACCUUAGACUCUGAAACCAUGCCAGUAAGGGGACAGAUAUGAAGUCCUGUUGGAUGCUAGUUGAUGCUGAGUAGAUUGUUUGUCCUACUGUUCCGGGGCCUCUGCUGCUGCUCAUGACACCUGGCCCAACUUCACUCCCCAGGUGAGGGGCACCUUUGUCCUGUCACACACGAAACUCAUGCAGAGAGAAGAGCCAGCAAGCCCCUGCACUCUGGACCAGAUGAAACAAAGACAGAGGUUAAGUUUCACCAACACUGUCAGCCAAAAAUUUCCUUUGGAGGGUGGGGGACAGGUGGCAGAAAUAUACUGUUCCUUUUAAUUAUAGUAUCUCUCUUCCAGCAAAUAUCCGUCAACAUUUGAGGGUAAAAACUCAUAAACUGUGUCACUUAGCAAUCUCCCUGACAAAAUACAUAUGUUUUAUUACAAACUGUUCAUUAUUUCCAGAUUAAAAAAAUAAUUCCAAUCCAGGAAAAGCUCUUGUCAGUUAAAUUCAUCUUUUCAAAAACAAAUUAUUUUUGAAAAAUUCUCAGAAGCUAAUUUAUCUAUCCCUAAACAAACAUAGUCUGCUUUUGGGUGGCCCUACUCAGAAAUGGAGGUGAUGUCAUAUUGGACACAGUGGCGUGUGUGAUUGCUGUCCUCUAAAUGUAGUUGUUCCCUGUGUCCACGUCUGUAGGGGUGAGUCCUGAAACAGGCAUCCCCACUUCCAUUUCAUGUAUGCAUAGAAAUUACCUCCAAAAACAAAAAAAGGCUCAGCCCUUCGGUCCCCGUACUGCUAACACCCCACACAGUUAUAUUCGAUUUUUGAAAAAGUUAUCACUUACCUGUAAUCUCAGGAUGUUGUUUUACAGUGUUGCUUGCAUUUUGUAAUUUGACAUCAUGGUUGGAAAUCCUUUCCAAUUGCUAUGCAUUGUUGUGGACGUUUGGUAGGUGUGUUCCGUGGCUCUGUGUGUUUUAUUUUUCCCCCUGCUAUAGCAAAAAUCUUUUUUUUUUUUAUAGCAAAAAUCAGCUGGCGGAGACAUGGGCUGGGGGGAGGAAAAAUAAAUAAAUCAGAAGAACAGGGAUUAGAGCCCAAUCUUCAAAGUACAGGGCUUAGUUCAAAAUCUAAGCUGUUUCUAAAUAAGUACCUGAAGGGGCAAAGAGCUCUUCCUUUUGAAUUUGAUGAUAAUGGGCUUGGAAAUGAGCCUCCACAGGCCUGGGUGGAAGAGGGUCCAGCCUUUUCUGACUGGUUCAACACUAAAUUGCUGGGGGGAAAGCUGACAGUAUUGUUAGGUUUCUACAUUUCCCUAAGACCCCACCUUACCCCUGGUGCUUGUGAAGGGGUUGAGGAAAGCAGCUAGUGUUUCUUACCUUGAAUUUCUAUAGUACCCGUUUUUUCUGGAGAAACCAAAGCACUUUAGGGAGGCUUACAACCCGUAAUACUUAAGGCAUCUUGUCCCCUCACUGCGUCCCUGAGAGGCAGGGAGGGGCUGGGGUCAGUAGUCUCAUUUGAGAGGCGGCUAAACCUAGGAGAAAAAGCCUUGCGCUAGGAGUAAGGGAACCGGGGUGCCAGGCCUGGUUUUGUCACUAGCUAUGCAACCUUGGGCAAGUCACUUAACUUUGCUGGGCCUCAGGUUUCCCAGAGGAAAAGCUGCCCUUUGGGAUGGUUUGAGGAGAAGAUGGUAUAAUUGAUGAGAAGUGCUUUGAAGAAAUUAAAGCUCUGUGAGAGCAGAGGAUAAUCCUUUAUAGAUGAAGAGACUGAAUAGUCAAUGAUUGGCCCAAGUUCACAGACUCGUUUUAUAGCAGGGCUGGGACUUGAGUCCAGCAUGGUGCUCUUCCCAUUCCAUAGCGAUGCCCAGGUGUGUGUAGAUGACAACCACACAGACGCCACUCCUGGGUUCCUAUGUGUGUGUGUGUUGGCGGGGUGUGCAUACGUGAAUACACACGUUGUGCAUGGAGCGUGUGGCAUGCUGGAAGGGUAUGGGUCAGAAAACCUGGUCCCUCGUUCCAGUUCUGACAGAAGUCCUCCGGCCUUGGGCAUGUUACCUAACUUUUCUGGAACUCAGUUUUCUGAUCUGUAAAAUGAGGGCGUGUGCUAAGUGGUCUCUGUGGGUCCUUUGGCUCUAGCUCUCUCAUUCCAUGAUGAGUAAUGUAUGUAUGUACAUAGAAAUAUGCUUAUCUGUAGAAACGGGCCCGUUUGACAAUUGGAGACAAGGCCUGCCCAAGGUGCUUUUAUUGUGUCAGAAACAGUGAAUUCACGAACAAAUUCAUAAAACCUUGUUUUAAAAUUCCGUGGUAGUAUUUAAUGACGUUGCUUUUUAAAGUCACUGUUUAACUGAAUGGAAAAUGGUGCAGUCUUAAAAAUUAAGUUCUUCGCUCACAAGUGUUUGCCGUCAAAAUUGUUUUAAUAAAGUUCAUCUGUUAAAGUCAGAAAUUCAACCGUUCUGUACUUGGGCAGGUCCCAACAGCCUAUUUCCAAACAGGCUGGUUUUGUGUAUGGGCCUUUACAUAGGUAUAUAAAAGUGAGCUUUUGGCUUGAUCAUGAUCAAUAUAAGCAGGCUACCUGGAGAACAGUCCAGAAAAGAAAGCUCUAGUUCUUACAAACUAGUGACAUGAAUCCAUUAAGCUGUGUGCCAUUUCCAGUGUAAGACAUUGUUUGCUGGCUAAGGUCUCUGACUUUUUGUGGCAUAUGAGGUGUAAAACGUUGUCAAAAAAAGAAUCUGGUGUUUCAAAGAAUCAAACUAUGGUGGCAUUAAAUGUUCACUUUUAUUCUACCCAGAGUCAUGAAUUCAUCUCUAUCCAAUUUAUCCCUCUGUUUUACAGAGGGGGAAAACAAUUCAAGGCCAGUUGGCGGGUGGAAUUCUUCUCACUUGAGCAACAACUUGGCCUUGGCC